UUUAAUGCGUUUGACGUACACAUACGUACAGUGACUCAGAAGAAAUGCUACCAGUUGUUGAUCCAUGUCGGUAGUGUUUUCAGCCGUGGAUUUUCGAUUACGUACCAAAUAUUUGUGUUCUAAUUAGAUAAUAACAAAUUGGUUGAACUAUGCUACAGUCACUUCGUGAACGUUCGAAAAAGCGGAAACAAUUGCUGGCGCAAACUCUCGGUGUAUCUAGUGUAGAUGAGCUUAGACAAGUAUUGGGUACAGACGUCGAUGAUCUACAAAAAAAACGUCACAGAGCUUCUUCCACCAAAUCGGAAGACGAUAAGAAUCGAAAAGAUGAUGCAGUUUCUACUAAUGAAAUUGUUUACAAAGAUUCUUCCACCUUUCUCAAGGGGACGCAGUCAUCCAACCCACACAACGAUUAUUGUCAACACUUUAUAGAUACUGGUCAACGGCCCCAGAAUUUCAUACGAGACGUGGGACUCGCUGAUCGAUUUGAGGAGUAUCCAAAACUGCGAGAGCUCAUUAAAUUGAAGGAUGACCUAAUCUCAGAGACUGCAACUCCUCCCAUGUACCUCAAAACUGAUCUCUUGACCUAUAAUCUGAAAGAACUCAAUUGUAAAUUUGAUGUCAUUCUUAUCGAACCUCCUUUAGAAGAGUAUCAAAGGACAUGCGGAGCCACAAAUGUACAGCUUUGGAACUGGGAUCAGAUAAUGGAGCUAGACAUAGGAGAAGUCGCAGCAAGUCGUAGCUUUGUUUUUCUCUGGUGUGGUAGUAGCGAUGGAUUAGACAUGGGUAGAUUUUGUUUACGUAAGUGGGGUUUCAGGAGAUGUGAAGAUAUUUGUUGGAUACGUACGAACAUUAAUAACCCUGGGCACAGUAAGAAUUUAGACAGCAAGGCUGUUUUGCAAAGAACCAAGGAACAUUGCUUAAUGGGAAUUAAAGGAACUGUACGAAGGUCUACAGACGGAGAUUUUAUCCAUGCAAACGUGGAUAUUGAUCUGAUUAUUUCUGAAGAACCUGAAUAUGGAUCUAUCGAGAAGCCUGUGGAAAUUUUCCACAUCAUUGAACACUUUUGUCUUGGUAGAAGACGAUUACAUUUAUUUGGGCACGAUAGUACCAUAAGGCCAGGUUGGCUCACCGUCGGACCGGAACUAACAAAUACAAAUUUCAACGCAGACCUUCAUGCCAGCUAUUUCGCAACUGGUCAGAUCACAACUGGAUGUACCGAGCGAAUAGAGGCACUUAGGCCCAAAUCUCCUCCGCCAAAGGGAAAAGUUUCUGGCAGAGGUAGGGGUGGUUUCAAUCGGGGUAGAGGCAGAGGAAGAUAAUCAACAAUUAAUUAUAGUUUCGAUUUUCGAACACUACAUUUGUGUGUUAACAGAUGUGUAACUAAAUUUGAACAUUUUUAAUAACUGACUUGUUGGGACAGAGGUAUAUGUGUACAUAUACUGAUAGUAAUGCUAAAAAAUAGCAUUUGUUGUUUAAUUAGCUCUUUACUGUUAGAAAUACUGUAUGUUGGAUUAAUAAAUUGCGCUCAGCUCUGAAUCAA